AUGACUUUUAAUUUGCCGUUAAGUACGGCAAUGGAAAAUCUUUCAGUAGCUUUAAAAAAUAAUAUUGUUCCAAAUCAGGAAUAUUUAUUACAAGGAAGUGUUUUAGAUUCAGCCGUAGAAGUUUUAUUGCACCGUUUAAGGGGUUUGUGUGAUAAUGUCGAUUCGGGACCUGAAACUUUUUAUGAUCAUGAAAUGUGUUUCAGCAUAAGAAGUUCAACAAUGCCAGCACCUCUCUCAUUACGAGUUCGUAGAGCAUUAGAUUGUACGGAUAUGCCUUGGCAACUUCGUUACAUUGGACAACCUGAAUUAGGUCCCCAAGGAGACAAAACUAGGCCUACAAUUGUUAGGAGUAGUAUCGAUGUUGGAACUAGUUCUACAGUUGUAGAAUUCCUUACUGAAUUGGGUUGUCGAAUGGAUUUCGAAUAUAUAGUUAAAGGUUAUAUGUUUAGAAAAGGACGAAUGAAAAUUACAGUGUCAAAAAUAUUCAAGAUGGGUCAAGUCAAACCUCCAGAAAAUGUUGAACCCAUAUCUCAAUCAUAUUUAGUAGAAUUAUCAGUUCUAGCACCGAGUGGACAAGAUGCAAUAGCAGAAGACAUGAGAAGUUUUGCUGAACAAUUAAAACCUUUAGUUCAAUUGGAAAAAAUCGAUUACAAAAGGUUAGGAACUGUUGGACCUCAUGUUUAA